AUGCACGAAAAGUCAACACCACGUGUCGUAAUGAUGGUCAAACCCACGAUCCAAUUCAUUCAGGGGAUGGACGAGCAGACGGUGCCCGACGUGAGGUUGACCAAGUCAAGGGACGGGACAAACGGGAUGGCCAUCUUCUCGUUCACGGAGCCCUCGGUUUUCGACUCGUCCAGCGUGGUGGGUGACAUCACAGGCUUCUACAUGAUCGACGAGGAGGGAGUCCUCCAGUCGGUCGACGUGAAUGCAAAAUUCGUAAACGGGAAGCCAGCUGGCAUCGAGGCUAAGUACGUCAUGCGGACCCCACGCGAGUGGGACCGGUUCAUGAGGUUCAUGGAGCGUUACGCAAAUGCCAACGGGCUGUCAUUCGUCAAGAAGUAA